GGAACAUUGCCAGAAGAUGUACUCGAGGGAGAAAAAGGCAUGACACUCUUAAAGACGAUUGAUAAAAUUAUGGAUUUACACGCCCUUGCAUUUGGAUCAACACGCGUCAGUAAAAAUCUCACAGCCGAAGCAAAGACAGCAAUGGAUGCACGACAGAUUGGACUACAGAAUGUCAUGUAUGAAAAACGCCAUUUAUUAGAAGAGAUUGUUAAAUGCAGAGAUUUUCGAUCGGUGUAUCAGGACGUUGAUCUGAUACCUCUUGAUGAAUUCAAUGCAGUCGCGCCUCCUGCAUAUCGACAGGACAACUCUAAUCAGCAUAUAGAAAUGAUAAACCGAUUAAAAUUCGAACAUGAGGCACGAAUGAGGCAAGAAAAGUUGCAAGUGGAACGUGUGAAGCUUAUAAAAGACAACAGAAAAGCCCAAGAGAAAUUGGAUCGCUUUGACAAG